AGCUUAUGGUUGCUCUGUUUUAUUAUAAAUAAUACUGCAACGUAUUGUCAUUUGUGCACACAAUUGACAAGAACUAGCGAUUCAAGUCAUUAUGAUGAUUCUUUUAGCCUUUGCGAGCUUUAUUAUUACACUCGCUAAUGCAAUCCAAAUAAAUAGCAAUAAUUAUGAUAGUGCUCUAAACCUCCUUGCGAAUAGUUAUGCUGAUGGCGUUUCAGGGGAUGAUGGGAUUAUAAGUCAUUCAGGAAUUUACUCAAGCUUAUAUGAUCAUAAUUUGAGCCAAUUUAAUUACACUCUUUAUUUCGUAUCUGGAGACAAUUUUGAUAAAGUGAAUUCGCUUUUAAGUUUAGCCUCCCAAGCGGACGAAAAAGGCUUGAUUGGUGAUCUUGUAUACCUUGCUCAUUUCGCUUCCGCUGGUGGUUAUAAUGAUUACAUGCAGUUAAAGGAUGAUUCUCAUUUUGCUACAGAUUUACUGCACUUCAUUAGAAAUGAUACUACGGUUUUUACCAAACUCAGUAAAAACACGUCCAAUGAAAAAUUAAAAGAGUUUUUCGAAAAUUUGAGCAGCAAAGGAUCUAGGUACGUCAAUGAACUUGAAAAGCGAUACGACGGCACAUUUGGCUGUAGUACAAAGCAUGCAGCUCCCAGAAACGGAUGCUAUUCUUUAGAUGCAUAUUUGAGUAAUAACCCAAGGACCUUCGUGAAUGGGCCUCGUUCGUUUUGUUACCAAAGUUGCUGCGCUUCAUGGAGUGCAGAUUGUACAGUUGGUUCUGGAGAAAUAGUUGACCAUAUUAGUCGCUGCUUGAGUCAUUGCACUGGUGAUGAAGUGAGUUGCCUCAACAAAGACACGAUACUUAAUAAUGUUUUUGGAGAGCAUUUCUGUACUAGUGGAAGAGCGGUUGGAUGUAAAUAAAUCUAGCUUAUGCAACUGAAUUCGAUACUGCUCGAGCACAAGCGGAUGAUCCAUACAAAGCUGGGAGAGUUCCCACACAUCAGAAGAAGCGGUCGCUAAAAAGGACUGUAAUAUAAUCUAGUUAAUUUACGGUCAAGUGAUUAUUGUUUGUUUACUUUUUUAAUCAUGAACCACUUGGCAAACUGUCACUACCAUAAUUCAGCAACAGCUUACAAUUUUUUGUUCCCCUUAAUUAAUAUAUUAUAAAAAAGGGAUUUCUUUAUUACCCAUGAAUGUAUUGAAAAAAAAAAAAACCUUAUGUAUAUGUAUGUAUAUAGUCAAUACUUUAUAUUUUUUACUCCGA